CGUUCCUUAACUCAUUGCAAUAUAGCAUUUGCGUUUUUUUUACUUAGAAACGUCACAAUAUUAUACAACCCACGGCACACAUGUGCGUCUUUUUAUACGUCGUUUUUCUUCUAUUCGUCUGCGCAAAGUUCGUUUACGGUUCGUUUUCUGCGUGUUGUGCAUUCUGGACAAAAAAUCUAUUGGAAAGGUUAAUUAAAAUGUUUUGAAUUAGUAAGAAAGUGAAUUAAGUAAGAUUCCAAUAAGCUGGUAAACAUUUAAAAGAAAUAUUAAAGCUUAUAAGUGUUUAUUAACCUUGGAAGGAAAAGUAUUCACAUAGUUGGUUAUUUUAGUAGCAGAGACAGUAAGUGCAAAAAUGGAAAUGGCAAGAAAAUUGGUAUAAUAUGCCUCUGAAAAAUGUCAACAUAAUGCCAUACAAAUUUUUGAAAUUAUAUACAGAAAAAUGGAAGCAAUAUCCAAGAUUUCCCUGAUAUUGGUUCUAUUCCUAAUUCUUGCAAGUGUGUGUUUUUUGGAUGUACGGGCAGUUUCGCCAGCUGCCAAUACACACGAUGAUACCUAUGAGAAUGCAAACGCAGAUGCUGCGGCGAAAGCUGCCGCCUCUGCAGCAUUAAGCGCCGACGAACCAUUUUUAGCAAGCUUCGGAGUGCGGCAGGAACAAAUUGGAACAAAAUCAAAGAAAUCACAAACACAACAAAACAAUGCUGAUCGUCUCAUCUUCUCAAAACAAGAGCAGAAGCUAACCGAUUCAAAAAUACCGCCACUUCCACUCCUUCAGCAACAAUCGGCUUCAUGCAUAUCGGCCUUCCACGAAGAAAUGCAACAACAGCGGCCACUGAAAAAGCAGGAACAUGAAAUCAAUGUACUAGGCUACAAAAUUCAAAUACCGUCUUUCGUGAUGGAUGGCAUAGCUACGCCAACAGCGGGCGACUCGAGCUCAAGCCUGGGAAGCGUAGAUACCACAUUUGGGCACAGUAGUGGAACAGAUGAUAUGAAUGUUUUCAAACUUUUCUGUGAGAAUACAACCAUUAGCAAUGUCAACGCCGAGUUACAUUUGAAAAUGUAUAUCAACUACGCGUAUAUACUGUUGCAACAUUGUUAUGCCCACGAGGACGAGCGGUUCUUGCAAUUGCAAAAGAAUGAAGACGUGCGACACUUUCGUUGGGCAUAUAGUAAUUUGCGUGAUGAGCAAAUGGAUGCGCUGUUUUCGAACUUCAAAUCGAAUUUCGAGUCUUUGGAAUCUCUUGAUUUAACUGAAAAUCAAUUAGAAUGUACACACUGGGUAAGUUCGCAAACUGUGCGGCGAUUGAAAGUGUUGAAACUAACGCGCAACUCCAUAGACACACACAGCUGUGCACUUUCCGAAUUCCAACACAUGAAUCAUUUGAUUGAAUUGCGCAUGGAUGACAAUCGUAUACAUGUGUUAAAUCAGCAAUUCUUGGACCACCUAAGCGAACUGAGAGCUUUGAACUUAACACGCAAUCAGUUAAGCGAUUUGCCGCGUGACAUUUUCCACGGCGCUUUGAAACUGCAGCGGCUCUACUUGGCGCACAAUCGUUUAACGACAUUACCCUUUCAGCUGUUCCAAAGCAUGCGCGAGUUACAAACGCUCGAUCUGUCCAAUAAUCGGUUGCUUUCUUUUCCGGAUAAUUUUUUCGCGUUGAAUGGCGAACUACGUGAGAUGUAUCUGCAAAAUAAUGCUAUGGAGAUGAUCGGCAAGAACACAUUUUACAAUUUGCCCAAAUUACGAUAUUUGGAUUUAUCCAAUAAUAAUAUAAGCAGCAUAGAUCGCAAAGCCUUUGAGUCACUUUCAAACCUUUUUAUGUUGAACAUGUCGAAGAAUAGCAUUAGUACCAUUUCCUCGAUACUCUUUCAUCCGCUACAUAAUUUGCAACAGCUGGACUUGAGUCACAAUAAAUUCACGCAAUUACCAAAUGGUGUUUUCAUGUCGCAGCGUGCUUUACUUGUGCUGCGCAUCGAUUCAACGCCGUUGGAGAGGUUUGGUAACUUUAUAUCGCGCAACAGUGACUACGUCGAUCCAAAAGUACUGGCGAAUUUGCGCGUUCUUUCCAUGCAAGAUAACAAACAACUGACACAGCUCAGUCGUACGCUCUUCCGAAAUACACUCAACUUGCAUGAGCUCCUGUUGGCCGGAAGCGCUUUAAAAAGUUUACCAACAGAAAUUGGCCAUCUAAGCCAAUUGCAACGUUUGAAUGUGCGCGACAACAAACUUACUUAUAUACCAGAGAGCGUGAAAAAUUUACCGAAUUUACGUUUUAUACAUAUACGCCACAACGAUUACAUUUGCGAUUGUCGUAUGUACUGGCUGGGUGAAUGGUUGAGUAAUGGUAGCUCAACGCUGCGUCGUCUACGUACAAGCUUAUAUGCGAGUAGUGUUAUGUUGGCCGAUACCUCUUCCAUGGACAUGGGUGACGAUAUAGAUGAGCUCACUGAGUCGCUAACAUGUCAUCACGGUCAUCCAGGCGAUAUGGUGAAUGUCUUGCGACAUCUGCAUUGUUUGAAGCCGGUCAUUCUGGAGUCAUCCGACUCGAAAAUGCACAAACUACACUCUACAGCGAAACUAGAAUGCAUAUUUUCUGGUAGUCCCACUCCAGAUGUGAUUUGGGUAACACCUACAAAUCAAGUUUUACGCCAUCACGCUGAUCCCGACAAGCGACCGGUCAUAAUCAAUCACAAUAAUGAUAAAGAGCUUGGACAUUUACCGUUGACAUCGCUUUUAAUGGACGAUAAUAACAUUCUAAAUAUCAGUUUGCAGACAAGUGAUGCUAUGAAUCGGGUGACUUUAAUUGAGAAUGGUUCACUGUUGGUGCACGAUAUCUCGCGCAGCGAUAGCGGCCUCUACACUUGUUACGCAUACAAUAUUAUGGGCAAUGCAUCUUCGUAUAUGAGAAUUUAUAUUGACCCAAUCGUCUUCUAUCGCGUUAAAAUCGAGAGCCUUUUAUCGGGUACUGCGGCUGCUACUGCAUUUCUAUUGCUAACGCUGAUCGUGCAAGCACUGCGCUCUCUGUGUGCAAAAUGUGGCAUAUUUGAUCGGUUCUAUUGCUGUGGACGUAACAAACAAUCGCCAAGAGCGCGACAAGUGUAUGCCAUGCUCGACAGUAUUGAAUGUUAUAAAAGUCAACAAUUGGAACGUCUACGCGAGAACUAUGCGCAACAAGUGCAUCGCAUUCGAGAAAACUGCGCGCAACAAGUGGAAUGGAUUCAAAGCAGUUAUACGUCUCAGGCCAAAUAUUUAAAAGAAUUUAGGGACAUGGGUUCCACUCACCUAACAUCACUUAAGGAUCAAUAUUAUGAUCAGGUGAAAAAGGUUCGUGAUUAUUCAACAGGGCAAUUGAAUUGGGUGCGCGAGAAUUACGUCUUCCAACGUAAUAAAAUUCGUAAAUUUAGUGCACAUCAAGUACUGCGUUUGCGUGAGGGCUACAAAUAUCAACAACAGUCUCUAAAUAAGGUUUUGGAAAAUCUUCCUAGUUUCUAUUUCGAAAAUUGUCGUGGGCGCUGUGAAGAGGAUAUAGCUGAAGAUAUUGAGGUGUACUUUAAAAGUCAGUUGGGCGAUCAAUUCAAUCCUAGCGCAGCCAAGGUGAAGAGCUUAAGGAGCAAAUUAGCUGUUAUGGCUUUGAAUUCGGCAAGCAAGGCAUCAGUAUAUUAUACUCCACCAGAAAACGAGAUAAGACGCUCACAGCUCCAAUUACAGACAUCUCCUAUACACAUCAAUUACAUUAAUGAGAAUAUGGAUCAUAAAAAACUCGAGUUGAAUGAAACAAAAAUAGGUAACGAGUUUCUCAUGAAUACACCUAUGAUGUUCGGCAGUUGUAGUGGCGGAUACGGAUACGGCGGCGGCGGCGGCGGCGAUGGCAUUGGCUUGACAUCACUAUCAAAGGCUGAGAUCACUUUAAGUCAAUUGAAAAUAACCGAUAAGCAUCCGGAGGGUGCGGGUAGUAUUGAAGAUAACUGUUUUGCCGCCACAUUGGCGGACAAUUUGGUACCCAUAAAAACUGCCGUAAAACAUAAGUGCACCCAUAAGCGUGGUCAUAGAUGUGAGCGUAAUGGUCGCGUUGCCUUGCGCGACAAAGAGCAAUGUCAUGCCCAGAAGCGAGCGGAAAAUGUUGCUGGAGAUAGUAACAUAGAAUUAAAUGAAUUAUGCGAUUAUAAAGACACAAAUGAUGUAAAGAGCUCCAAAUCUUGUCCGGCCAUAUAUAAAGUUUCCAAGCAACAAGAUGGCUCUACAUUGCAUGAAUUACUCACUGAAAACCAAAUGGGUGAUGGCAAUUCGAAUAGCACACGUUUAAAUCCAGUCGGCGAACCGACACGUAUACUAGAAACGGAACUCUUCCAUAAGGCAAGCACAUCCGGUAAUGGCGGCAUUAGUAGCCGAAAGCCAUGUAAAGAGAAAUUGAAUAUUAUUUUAGAUGAGAGCGGCAAAUCGACACUAUACAAUGGGCCAACAUCUGAGGAGUGCGGAGGUGCACGAAAAAAAGAUACUAAAUACUCAUCAUGCACCACAAUGGGAUCGUCACAAAGCAAAAGCAGUUUGCCGGAAUUUGAGACGUAUGCCGGCGGUGUUGAUGAAAUGUGUGAUAGCAAGUUCAAGGACGAGCCAGAUUCCAAGAAUUCAGUGGCAGCUUCAACGUCAGAAUCAUUGGAAGCAACAAAUUGUGACAACAUUAGCUUCAGCAGUAAUUCCAACAAUAGCAGCUGUACUAGCAACCAACGUAGUGUAGAUGUAGUAAAUCUUUCUUAGAGAUUCAUAUUUUUAGCUAUUAAAUAAUGCAUCAAAAGAAAAUGUUAAGACAACAUACAUAUUUAAAUAAAGAAGAAGCAAAGAUAAGGCAAAUAAAAUCGAAAA